UUGGCAGGUGCCGUGCCCCCCAUCCAGUCCCGGAUCAUAGGAGGCUGGGUGUGUGAGAAUCAUUCUCAACCCUGGCAGGCGGCUCUGUACCGUUACACUGACUUCCAGUGCGGGGGUGUCCUGGUGGACCCCCAAUGGGUGCUCACAGCCGCCCACUGCAAGAGCGACAAUUACCAGAUCUGGCUGGGUCGCCACAACCUGUUUGAGGAUGAAGACACAGUCCAGUACUUCUGGGUCACUCACAGCUUCCCACACCCUGACUUCAACCUGAGCCUCCUGGAGAACCACACCCGCCUUCCAGGAGAGGACUACAGCCACGACCUCAUGCUGCUCCGCCUGGCGCAGCCCGCCCAGAUAACAGAUGCCGUGAAGGUCCUGGCCCUGCCCACCCAGGAACCCGUCCUGGGGAGCACCUGCUAUGCCUCCGGCUGGGGCAGCAUCGAACCAGAUAAGUUCAAGUACCCAGAUGAACUCCGGUGUGUGGACCUCAAACUCCUGUCCAACGACGUGUGUGACAACGCUCACCUCCAGAAGGUGACAGAGUUCAUGCUGUGUGCUGGACACUUGGAGGGCGGCAAGGACACAUGCGUGGGUGACUCAGGGGGCCCACUGAUCUGCGAUGGUGUGUUUCAAGGAACCACGUCAUGGGGCCACAUCCCGUGUGGCAGCCCCAAUAGGCCGGCCGUCUACACCAAAGUGUUACCCCACGUGCAGUGGAUCCAGGAGACCAUAGCAGCCAAUCCCUGAAUGCCCCGCCCUGUCCCCUACCCCAUUAAAAUCUAAUACGCAUCAAGUCCUGGUAUCAUUGGGACUUCCCGGCG